AUGCCUCCUGACCCACGCGAUACUAUGCUGAGCAGGCUCGAGCCUCUUGACCCAAACAAUUACAUCAUGGCCCUUAGCGCAGGUAGCGAUCAAUUUAUUGGCAGUCCUAACGGCUACAAAGCCACGUACAUACCAUCGGAUGUGUUAUACCCUCUCUUUACCGGACUCGUUAAACGAAUCACAUGGGCUUCCUUGAGAUGUAUCCCUAACUCUUUCUUUUUCGAGCUCGAGCUGAUCGAUGGACGAUUCGCAUGCAGAAUUGGUACACACAUACCGCCAGCCUUGACAGAUUUCCUGCUGAAUUUUAUGAAAUCGAAAACCCACUUACCUUAUUUGCGGAUACGGUAUGGAGCAAACGAUUCUUUCGUUGCAUGGUCAAAGAAAGUCUGGAUUUACUCCAAAGUUCCACCACAGCUCAUUGUUAGAUUGCAGCAAAUUAGUUCGUACUCAAACACAAAGUAUAACGUUACCAAGGGUGAUGGCGACGUAGGUUGGAGCUUUGCUGCAUAUUCUGUUAGCUCUGCAUGGUAUGAGAUGUGGGCGGAUCUGGAAAUGGACGAGCGGGCAAGCAUAAUUGCAGAGGAGCUUGCUCAUGUUACCAUCAGUCCGUACUCAGAAAAGGGAGAAACAUUUGCCUUCAUCAAAAAGACUAUACCAGGCAUAGAGCCACCGUUCAUCGUUCAUUUUGAGGGAGAGCAAACAUAUUCCAACUUCACUUUCGACAAGAACAACACGACUGCCCCUCCAAAGAGAUAUCCUCGGCUCGAGAACUUGGAUGAUCGCGACUUUCGGGUAGCUAUCAGCAAGAAGAAGAUUCGCCGACGUCGUACAAACGACCCAUGGGAUUUGGACCUGAAGAAGGGCGAGAAACUUCUGGUUCUGCGGGACAUGGAACCUCCUGGAUUAACCUUUUGGGACGACAAAGUAGAUCAAGAUCCUAAAGCGGCAUACGCCAGAUUCAUGGAGGACCUCGGUAAUGUACCAAGGCGGAAUGCAAGCCGGAAAAGCAAGACGAGCUCCUGUUGGGGAUUUGUAUUCACGAUCUACUGGUACUGCUCGAGGGUUCCGGUAGGUUUUUGUACGAGCGGCUCAAGGAAGGCCGCAACCUCUGGCAUCCGGAUAGGUUCGCCCGGUUCUGCAAGCCUGAAGAAGCCGAGCGGCUGA